AUGGGAAGAUUGUCAUACAUUCGGCGUUUUAUUCCAGGCCUUGUUGCCAUGAUGAGUGUUUUCACUCCUCUACUCAAAAAAGGGAAGCCAUAUAUAUGGAGCCAGGAAUGCCAAGAAGCUUACCAACAGGUACAACAACUGAUCAUCAAGCUGCCCACGAUGAGGGCACCUAUUCCAGGACUUCCACUCAAGCUUUACUUGGCUGCGACGAACACAGUGGUUGGGGCUUUGCUUGCCCAAGAUGAUCAUGGUGGGGAAGAGAAUCCCAUUUAUUAUGUGAGUAGGCAAUUAAGGGGAGCUGAAACGAGAUAUCCGAAGACCGAACUCUUGUGCCUUGCUCUUGUCUAUGCUGCGCAGCGCCUGCGACACUACUUCCUUGCUCACAAGCUACAACUCAUAGUAAAGUCUGAUCCCGUAAGAUACUUGCUCACAAGGCCGGUGUUAUCUGGACGUCUUGCAUGUUAG